UGUUUUAUGCUGUCACUUGCCAUUCUACAUUGAGAUAUGAUGAAUAUGAUAUUCUUCUGUGUUUGUGGGAGGAGGGGAUUUCCUUCUAAUGGAUAACAAUCUAAUUUUUCAUUUUUUCGUGAAUGAUCAGGUGGAAAAUGCUGGUUCUGUACCAUAUGUAGAAGGAACAUCUGCUCUUCAACUUCCUCAGGUACCACUACUGGAUGCCACUCCGACAAUGAAUAACAAUAACAUUAACCUGGAACCUGAUGGGUCAUUGAAGGCAUUAAACAAUCGCAAUCAGGCUGAACAGCUAAAAGAUACUGAUGCACCGUCUGAUCCCAUGCAUAAAAAUACAAAAGAGUUGCAACAACAAAUGGAUUUGAGUGCACUGUCAGAGAAGAUAAGACCUGAUAAGGGACAUGAUUCUUUUGGGAUGAACGAAAGCAAACGCUCUGGUGAAGAACCUACUAUCAAGAAGGAACAAGAGAAUAAAUCUUGGAGUUCAUUGGACAUUAAUGCAACUUCAAUUGUGUUAGCAUUGCCAGCUGUAACUGGAAAGGAGUCUGUGACUAAGCCUGAUGUGUUAGCCCCCAGCAGCACAAAAAGUCCUUGCAAAAGGGGCCAACGAAAGAAGAAUCAGACAGAUCUCACCGUGCAAAAGAGAUAUGAAGGGACUAGGUCUGCCCAGAGAAAACUUAAAGAAAAGGAUUCUAAAAAGCUUCAUACUAUUAAAGAUUACGGAAAAGAGUUGGUAGGGGCUAAAGUCAAAGUCUGGUGGCCCCGAGAUAGAAGGUUUUAUGAGGGGGUGAUUUCUUCUUUUAACCCUAAGAUGGAAAAGCACAAGGUCAUAUACACUGAUGAUGAUGUAGAAAUCUUGAAUCUCAGAUGUGAGCGCUGGGAAUUGCUUGAUAGGUUCCAGUCAAAGAAGGGCUUGUAACUGACUGACUUUGCUUUCUGAUGGAGUAAAGAGGAAGAGGAAGGGAGAUGAGCACAAAAUAAAAGGAAAGGACUGAAUGCAAUACAACAAUACUAUUUGGCAACUUCAGUUUUGAAAGUGAGACAGAAUUGCAGGAUGGGAUAAUGAAUAGUAAGCAUGUCAGAUAAUUGAAU